UGACAAACAAAACUCAGUCAGAUUUAAACCUUCACGAUUACUCCAAAGGAAGAGAGCGUUAAGUUUUCAGAAGGAGUUCUCAUUUGAAGAUAAAGAAGAACUUGCAAACAGCACAAAGGAUAUUGAUGCUAAUCUCUUAGCAGUACUUCCAAAAGUUUCAGAAUUAAGAAAACUGUUUGAACCAAACAACCAAGAUUUUUUGGAAAUGAAAAGAAAAGAGAGAAUAGCUAGACGCUUAGAGGGAAUUGAAAAUGACGCACAACCUAUGCUUCUACAAAACUGUCCAGGAUCCGUCACACAUCGUUUACUAGAGGAAGAUACACCAAGAUACAUGCGUGCAACCGAUCCAUACAGUCCCCACUUAGGAAGAUCAAAUGAAGAGGAAGAAACUUCAGAUUCUUCCGUAGAAAAACAACCCAGAUCAUCCAGAUACAGAGCAGAAAUCACAGGAGGUAAUACAGAGCCCUUGUAUAGUACAGGAAACAUGGAUGUUCAGGAACUAGAGUCAAAAGCAGAAAGAAUAGCUAGGUACAAGGCAGAGAGGCGGCGCCAGCUGGCAGAAAAAUACGGAUUAUCUCUUGAUUCUGAUUUGGAUUCUGACUACUCAUCCAGAUAUACACGGGCAAGGAAAGAUCCCGACAGCGUGGAAAGAAAGGGAGUGAAAAGUGAAAGGCAAGAUGAUGAAAACAAGGACUGUGGCUCCCUGUAUUUGUCCAGGACUGAGACAAAAGAGUCGAAGAGUCUAAUUUCUGAAUCCAGAGAUUACUCCAGCCAUGAAAAAGAUGGUGUUCCAGGUAAAGAAGACCUCUCAAAUGAAAAGAGUGAUAGAAAAACAGAUGACAGUGCCAUUAGACAGGCUUCUGACCCUUCAGCAACCUUGGAUAGUUCUGUCUCCCUUUCACUUUCUGGACGAGAAUCUUCCUCCUGUAAUGAAGUGCCAAUAUCACCAAAGCAAACCCCGAGAGAGUCCCGUUCUUCACCAAAGCGGGCAGCCUCACCAAUCCAUUUGCAGAAUGACCAGCCCUUGCACAGUAACAUCAGACAAAGUAGUGCAGGGAAAGCAAAACCUGAAUGGUUUCUUCAGAAAGAUUCGGAAGGGGACACACCUUCACUUAUCAGCUGGCCCUCCAGAGUAAAAGUUAGAGAGAAACUGGUGAAAGAGGAAAGUGCUCGUGGAAGCCCUGAACUUGUCACAGACACAGUAUCUCAGAGAAAAUCCCAUCCAGUGCCAGCCCACUACAUGCCUCUUCAGACAGAAACAUCUGCCUUUGAUAGGGUUAUAAAUCAGCCCGUCAGUUCAGUUCGCCAACCAAUACAUGGCUAUAUUCAGCCUGCUGGUAUUGCGCACACAGCUCAGCUGAUGGCAACAGAAGAGCCAGCAAACAUCUCUGUUGGCAGCCUCCUCGUACCAGACAAUGUUAGUCUCUUAACAAAAUCGUCAGCAGCCACUGCAUCAGAGAGUGAAAAGAAAGAGACACUUGGUUAUGGAGCAAAGCCUGAUGAAGAAGAUUCCUUGGAGGGUGAACAGGCUUCCAAAGGCAGAAGACCAAUUUUGCCAUCUGAAAUUCGCAAGCAAGGGAAGAACCACGAAGGCCUCUUUGGAGGAGGAGAAUUGGAUACCCCUGUGGGGAGUUCCUCUUUCACAAGCAAGCUGAAAGUUAACUCAGAAGUUCAGAGAGAGCUGGAGUGCAGUAAGAGGCAGGCUCCUGAGCAGCAGUUUAAGACCCCUGAGAACAUAGAAAGGAGUGAAGCUGUUAUGUACAUACAGAGUGGGUCUGUAUCGCAGCCUGCCGAGGCAAAAGCUCCUGUUUGGAAAGUGUCAACAGCAAAGCAUAAAGUCCUGACUCGCUCAAUGUCUGACUAUACUGUGGCUCCUAAGCUAGAAGCUUUUAAAAGUAAGGAGAACGUGGAAGCAAAUGCACCAAAUGGUGAGAUUGGCAUGGUUGACACAAAAGUCUCUGUUGCCCAGCUCCGUAAUGUCUUUCUGGAGACUGCUAAUGCCAACAAGAAAACGGAACUUGAAUCUCGGUUUGAGAUGUCAGCGGCAGGUAGCACUUUGUCUGCCAAUGGUGACCGUGAAAGAGGGCCACGAAGGCCAAGGCGCUAUUUUUCUCCUGGUGAAAAUAGAAAGACUUCUGAGAGAUUUAAAACUCAACCUAUAACGUCAGCAGAACGAAAGGAGACAGAUAGGUCAAUUCUGAGUGCACAAGUACCAACUGCUGAAGACGAAGAAAAAUUAGAUGACCGAGCCAAACUAAGUGUAGCUGCAAAGAGGCUGCUUUUUAGAGAAAUGGAAAAAUCAUUUGAAAUGAAAAAUAUUCCGAAGCCACCUACAAGAAGUUCAGCAGUAGAAAGAAGACUGCGACGUUUGCAGGAUAGAUCGCACACACAACCAAUUACCAGUGAGGAAGUGGUCAUUGCAGCUACUGAAUCUACCCCUGCUUCACGUUCUGUGAAUACCCACACAGUAGUGACAAGAGUACCUAGUCCCACUGUAGUUAAGAGCACUGUACAACCUAUCAGCCUGCAGGCAUCAGCACACCAAAAAAUUUUAGCUAAAGAGGAGAUAAGAGCAGCCAAAGAGGCAAUGGGGCAAGAUCAGUCUGAUGAACCAGAUUCUUCCACCUUAAGUUUGGCAGAAAAGAUGGCUUUGUUUAACAAACUGUCUCAACCAGUAUCCAGGGCCAUCUCCACAAGGAGUCGAGGAGAUAUUAGGCACAGGAGAAUGAAUGCUCGUUACCAGACUCAGCCAGUCACUCUUGGAGAAGUUGAGCAGAUGCAAUGGAAAAAGAGUAAACUGGUACAACACGAAAGUGGAAAAAUUACUCCCCUGUCAACUGCAGUUGCAACAUCGGUUUCAACGAUGGCAUCUACCCUUUCUCCAUUGUAUGCUGGAGACCUGCACGUAAAGCCAGCUUGUGAUGGAAGCGUGAGUGCUGCCACUAGAGCUGAUUUGAGAUUCCACUCUUCAGCACAAAACUCGGACUCUUCAGGAAAACGCACACAGAAGUCAGAACAGUGGCAGCCCUCAAUGGAAGUGCUAGAAAGCAAAAGAGCAUCAAAGAAGCAUGAAGAAGAGAGAAAGAGGUUUCUAGCACAUGAAGCUAAUGAAAUGACAAAGUACAGCUCCUUUGAGGAAGAAACCACACAUCCUGUUCCUGAAAAAACAGGAGACCACCAUAAAGAGACAAUAUACAGCUUCCUGAGGAAGGGCAGCAUGGAACUGUUUAGUUCACAAGCACUUUCUCAGCCUCUUGAACAGAAGGAAGUCGAUACUGGCAUGCAAGACCAUGCUGAGCCUACUUCUGAACUCACCAGCACAUCAGCAAUGAGGACAGUUUCACAAACUGCAGCUGCGGCAUCCUGUAGACUGCAGGAGCUCUCCGAACAAUUGGAAGGCAAAUUUUAUAAGAAUUCCUGUGAGAUGUUUUCCGUUGGAGAGAACAAAGCACAAACAACUGAGGAUGUCCUUGAUAAUUCCAGCAAAACAAUGUCAAUUAAGGAAAGGUUGGCAUUGCUGAAGAAGAGUGGUGAAGAAGAUUGGAAGAGCAGGCUCAGCAAAAAGCAGGAGUAUACAAAAGUGUCUGUCACUGAUCGUAGCGCGCAGAUGCAAGAAGUUGAGCAGCUGUUGAAGAAGGAACCUGUAUAUGCUUCUACUUACUCUCCCGUUAUACCCGUUCUCCAUAAAUUUCAUCCUUUUCUACCUAUUAAUCAG